GUUCAGCUGGGGUGGAGGAAGUCUAAAUGAGAUAGAAACCAUGGAGGAAACACAGAGGUGAGUCACAAACAUGUCCAGAAAGUCACACAGGAGGUCGUCUCCUGGCGUCUGCUGCUGCUGCCUCACCUCCUCUGACUCUGACUGUGACUCUAAUGAACGCAGCCGAAUGAAUUCAGCUGCUGAACGUGAAAGAUCAGAAAGAGAAGCGUCAUGUUUCAGCAGAGCAGCCAGAAGCAUCAGGAGGGCUCUGUCCAGGAUUCGCAGAGAUAAUCGUCCCUCUUCCCCUGUCGGUGACGUGAAGUUUUGCUCUCUACAUGCGACUGUAUUUAGCCGUGGCCAAAUUGACCAGCGUGUUUCUUUUGAAGAGGAUUAUAAUGCAGAUGCAUUCUCUGUGGAUUAUAUUAAUGCAGGUGUUUCAUGCACUGAUUUUGUGUAUGUUAAGCCUUUGCCUUUAAUUGAAUCAGACCAGAUCUCCAGCUUUCGAGGGAGAUUUGAAAGUUCAUCUGAGCUGCAGUCUGAGCAGUCUGAAAGCUACUCAGAAGAUGACGAUUAUAUCAAUUGUGAGAUCGAGCCAUCUGUUCCAGCUGUGAACUGCUCAGUCACAAACACCCAGCCGACUCAUCCUCCCCUCCAAACCUCCUCCAGCUGUUUGCGUCGUUCUCACAGCGUUCCCUCACUGAGUCUAACAACCUCCGCAAAGAACAAGACCUUCACCCGAUCAAAGAGCUUACCUGACAUGCUGUUCAAACCCAGCUGUGAGGAGUUCACCCCUGAUAUCACUGUUGAUGAAAACGAUGAAACCUACAGGUUCCAGUGCUCCUGCCCAGGCCUGUACCAGUGCAGUGUGACAGGCCUGCUGUUCCACAUGGAGGGAGAAGGGGACGUGGUUUACAGGAUCGUCCCCUGGAACAGGAGGCUACUGGCCCGACACCACAAGCAGCCUGCAGGACCCCUGUUUGACAUCAAAUGUCUGCAGCAGUCUGUGUGUCGGCUUCAUCUCCCACACUGUGAGAUCCGCUCCACAGGUGGAGGUGAGUUCUUGUCAGUCGCUCAUGUGAACGACGAGGGCAUCGAGUUUAUCGGCCCUCAGAAGAUCACAGAAACUCACGUUGUUAUAAACAUCACAGGGUUUUCUGGUUUCGGUAAUGUCAAGGAUGAAGACUCGCCGGCUGACCCGGUCCGAGCGCUGGUUCUGCUGUUCUACAGGCCCCCGGCUGAUCCCGACGCUGAAUCCCUCCUCAACGUGUUGCUGCUACCGAGGAACGUGGUGCUCCGGGAUGUGCUGCGCACCAGGAAGAAAUUAGUUGGAGAUGAGAGCUACAUAGAGACGUCCCCACACUGUAAACUGCAGCCAAAGCAGGAAUACACACUGUCCACUUGUCCUGCAGAGGACUCAGUUCUAGUUCAACCAACAGAAGCAGAGUUUGACUGCGACAACUACGACAACUACUUCCCAUCAUUCCAGGUGAUUUUAGAAACAAUGAGGAAACACGUGAAGCUGUUUCUGAGAGACACCAACAGCUCCCACAGUGUCUGGGAAAGACGAGUUUGUCUCACUGGAGUAAAAAGGUCCUGUGGGCCGAGCGCUCUGAAUCUCUCUUCAGAUAAGAGGCUGUUGGAAAUACGGAGCAGCUUCAUCGAGGGGAUAUCAGGACCGGUUCUCACAAGUCUGCUGGACAAACUGUUUGAGAAAAAGGUGAUAACUGAAGCUGAGAGGGAGUCAGCGGACGAGAUGCAGAACAGAAGAGACAAAGCUCGUUUUGUUAUCGACUCAGUGAGGAAGAAAGGUGAAGCUGCUAGUUCAGAGAUGAUUGAGUUCCUCUGUGAGGCCGACCCCUUCCUCUGUGAACAUCUCGGCUUGAUCUGAAGACAAAUCAACAGGUGAUGCAUGCAUUAUCUCUAAGGUUUCUAAUAAUUCAAUCACACAGAUCCUGUCAGAAUCAGUGAUUUAAGUGUUUAUCACAAACUUCUCAGGGAUUCAGCUGCACAGAGGUUAUGAACAGGUUCAUGUAAAGAUUUAGAGACGUAGAGGACGAGGGGGAAAUGUAUGUAACUGAACAGCAAACUGUAUUAUAACUGGUGAAAUAUCUCCAUCUACUGGACAUUUGAUGUACAAGCAUCAAAUGCAAAUACUCACAUAUGUCCAAAAUGGACAGUAUUCAAGUCUCUGUUUAGUAAACUGAGUAUUUAAAGCUUAAGUUAUAUUCAUGUUUGAUCAACAUUUAACCACGUUGGAGCAAAUUUCUACAAAAGAAAAGAUUUUUCAGGUUUUGGUUGUGUUUGAUUUAUUUUUUAAGUUUUUAGUUUUGUUUUCUGUCUGUUUACAUCAACAGUUAACAUUUGGUUUUCAAGUUUGUUUGCAAGUUUUCCGUCUUUUAAAUCUGUUUAAAUAACCACAUGGCUGCAGGGUUGCAGGCAUAUGAUCCAAAAUGUUGUACGUGUACAUAA